AUGGAUUUCAGACUCUACAAAAAACUAAUGGCACUCAAACAUGACUUAGGCUUAAAAAAUAAACCACAAGUCUCGAAUGUAGUUCAACUCAAUCUUGAUUUUAAAAAUAAUCCAUUACUUUUAAAUGUAGCUCGAAACAUUGCACUUUCUAAAAAUCUCAUUGUUAUUGCUAGGGCUGGUAUUUCUUGUAGCGGAGGGAUACCCGAUUUUAGAAGUUCAAAUGAUCUUUUUGAAAUGAUAAAACAAAAAUAUCAGGGUACCUUUAGUUCGGUCAGAGACUUAUUUGAUUCUAAUUUACAUAUAACUGACGAAGCUGUUGAAGCAUUUUAUAAUUUCAUGGCACAAGUAGUUCAAUUGCAUGGAACAUUGGCAAAUUUACAAUGUAACGUUUGUACAAAUGUCUAUUCUUUUACACAAGAAUAUUGUGAUAUUUUCACGAAAGUUGAAAUUCCAAAUUGCCCUAAAUGCGAAGAAAGAGUAAUCCUUUAUGGUGACAAACAUCUCAAAGAAUUAAAAAUUGAAGAAAUUGCAGCAUAUAAUAAAAAUAAAGCCGAUUGUUUGAUAAUAAUGGGAACUUCUUUAAGAAUUCCUAGAGUAAAAUGUCUUAUAAAAAUAUUCGCUAAAGCAGUUCAUGAUCGUAAUGGCUACGUGAUAAUGGUGAAUGCUACGAAUGUAGUUACUAAAGAAUGGAAUGGGAUCAUUGACUAUCAAAUAAUAGGUACUUGCGAUGAGUGGGUUAAACUUGUUAACAUGGAAUUAUCAAGCACAGAUCUCUGGUCCCAUUGA